UCCUUCUCUUUUCUUCUCCUCCACUUUUCCACUCGUUCCCAAGAACAAACGCAACUUAUUUUAACUAUUCUGUUCCCACUAAUUAAGUUUUUUAAUUUAUCGGAACACAAGCCUUCGCUUAAUUAAGUAUUGUAUUAAUUGUACCGCACUGUAUCCCGGACCGUCCGGUUUUUGCACCCUGGUGUCUGGCUGGAUAAGAAAAAGAUAAGAAUAUGUCGGCUAAUCCGUCUCUUCCAAAUAACCGAACACUACCACCGAAGGAGUAUGCUCUGUUCAAAAGGAUUCUGAAAUGUUACGAACAUAAAUUGUACAAGAACGGACUCAAGUUCGCCAAGCAGAUCUUAGGCAAUGGACAAUUUGCGGAGCAUGCGGAAACUUUGGCUAUGAAGGGGCUCAUCCUCAAUGCCCUUGGAAGACGGGAAGAAGCCUAUGAAUACGUUAGGAGGGGGUUGAGGAACGACUUAAAAUCUCAUACCUGUUGGCAUGUCUAUGGACUCCUGCAGCGAUCCGAACGAAAAUACGAUGAGGCAAUCAAAUGCUAUCGAAAUGCACUGAAAUGGGAUUCGGCCAAUGUUCAAAUUCUGAGAGAACUGUCCAUAGUUCAAGUUCACACACGAGAUUUAGUCGGCUAUCGGGACACACGAAACACUCUUUUUCAACUGAAACCAGCCCACCGAGCCUCAUGGAUUGGAUUGGCAAUGUCAUAUCAUUUGCUAAAAGAUUAUGACAUGUCGUUCAAAAUUUUAGAUGCUUUUAGCAAAACAUUAACCAUUCGUGAUUCAUACGACUAUGAAAAGAGUGAAUUGCUACUGUAUCAGAGUGCGAUAUUAGAAGAAAGUGGCGAUCUCCAGUCUGCUAAAAAGUUCCUUUUGGACCAUGAGCGGGACAUUUAUGAUAAGUACACCUUCCAUGAGAGUAUAUGUAGACUUUACCUAAACCUUGGCGAGUAUGGGCGAGCAGAAGCUGGGUAUCGCAAAUUGCUCAGUAUGAAUCAGGAGGACGGCGCCUACUACGAGGGAUUAGCCAAGGCAAUGCAAAUUGCGGAUGAUCCGGCAGCCAAGCUGCAAUUGUAUCGAAACGUUGAGCGACAGUAUCCACGAGCUUACCUCCCCAAAAGGUUACCCCUGGACUGUGCGGAAGGAGAGGAAUUUCUGACUUACUUGAGGCCUUACCUCGCCGCCGCUUUGGACAAGGGAACACCCUCACUCUUCACUGAUAUUAAGCCCAUGUAUCAAAAUCCGGCAAAAGUGAUUCAAAUCGGAAACCUAGUCGAAUCUAUGGCUAACUCUUUGAGAGACUAUGGGAAGUUCUCUAAGGAUGACGAGAAAGUUGCAUCCGCCUCUGCAUUACUGUGGACGUAUUACUACUUAGCGCAACAUUAUGAUUAUCAUCGCGACACUGACACCGCUCUUGCAUACAUUGAGAAAGCAAUCGAACACACUCCCACUUUGAUUGAACUGUUCAUGUGCAAAGGGAGGAUUUACAAGCAUAUGGGCGACAUGAAUACGGCUGCCCAAUGGAUGGAUGAAGCACGCGAGUUGGACACGGCUGAUAGAUUUAUUAACUCUAAAAGUGCCAAAUAUCAAUUGCGAGCCAACCGUGUGGAGGCUGCGGCUGCUGUCUGUGGAAAAUUUACAAGGGAAGGAGCGUCUCCCAUGGAAAAUUUGAAUGAAAUGCAAUGCAUGUGGUUUCAAACUGAAUGCGCUUUAGCAUACCAACGACUCGGACAACUUGGUGACGCUUUGAAGAAAUGUCAUGAAGUUGACCGGCACUUCACAGAAAUCAUCGACGAUCAAUACGACUUCCACAGCUAUUGCCUCAGAAAAAUGACGCUACGCUCAUACAUGGAGCUGCUCCGUUUGGAAGAUGUUCUUCGAGCACAUCCGUUUUACUUCAAAGCUGCAAGGUGUGCAAUCGAAGUUUACAUUCACUUGUAUGACCACCCUUUACAAAACAAGUCGGCGGAUGAGCAAAUUAGUCCAGAAAACUUGACUCCUGCUGAACUGAAGAAGGUGAAAAACAAGCAGCGAAAGGCUAAAAAGAAGGCAGAAAUGGAGCAACAGGCCGCCGCUGCAAUUGCUGAGAAGAAGGAGCAUCACGCAAAAUCGAAGCAGGCCUCGGGCGAAGAUGGCGAAGCUCAUCCGCCCCCCUCGGAAGAACUCAUGCCAGAAAAAUUAGCUUCCGUUUCUGACCCAUUACAGCAAGCAAUACGAUUUCUUAUUCCGUUACAAUCUUUCGCUGCAAGUAAGAUAGAUACGCACUUGUUAGCGUAUGAGAUCUACAGCAGAAAAGAGAAACCUUUACUGAUGUUGCAAAGUAUCAAGCGAGCCUUGUCGGUGGACUCGAGACACCCUCAACUUCAAAAAUUUUUGCUACUAUUUCAUACCUCAAUGGAGAAAAAAGUCAAUUUCUUACCAAGUCCCUUACCAGAUUUCAUGAAGCGAGAAAUGGAUAAAAUUUAUAACACAGUGAACUUGGAACAGCUCAAACUCAACGUGGAAGAACAAAUCAAUAAUUAAGCUAAACGAUUUACUACUACUAAUAAUAAUUAUUUAAUAAUAUUUCUCUUUCUCAUCAGGAUUAGUUUUUACUGUAUUCUCAUUAUAAUGAAGAAAUCGACCGAGCCAUACCCAUGAAUCUGUACACAAUAUUUCCUCCUUUUUUUGUCAAUCCUAUCAAUCUCUUAUAUUUAAGUUUUUUUUUCCUUCAUGUAAAUGAAUUCAAAAUUCCUUCGUGUUCUUAAAAUAUUGUUCCUGAAUGUUGUUCGUGAAAGUUAAAAAGUAAAGGAAGAAAAAGCCCAGACUUUUAAUAUCUUCUUGUCAACAAAA